AUGUCACCUAUUGCUUGCGUGGUCGUUCUUUUGAACGUUCUGUCCGUCGCAACAACCGCAAAUGUGCUGGCGCAGCGGCCUGACCAGAAGGGGAAUAUCGUUGUGCCGCCGCAAGGGAACAAUAGAGUAGAGGACUCCCCGGAAGAUGAUCUUGCUUCCAUCAGGGCGACUCUCCAUGACCUGAUCUAUGCCCUCGACGUGAUGCAGGAUGAGUACUUCGAGCAUUGGCUAGGUACCUGGCCCACGAGCAUCGACUGGACGGCUGCGGUCCUGGGCACACAGGUCUCUGCCGCACUGUCCUCGCUGACGUCCACCCCGCAAGAUAUCCUGGUCUCGUUAUCUGGUGAUAGUCUGGCUCGCGAUGCGCUUGUGCACGAGAAUCUGAUCAAUCGCUACUUCGACCAAGUGUCUGCUUUCUAUUUCGGGGAGAACGCAAUCAGCUUGCGGAAUCAGGCCUUUGACGACAUGCUCUGGGUCGUCCUGGGCUGGCUGGAGAGUAUCAAGUUCCAGAACCUCCAUUCGGACUUGCACUACUCUUCGGAGUCGGAUCGGAAUAGCACCGUCGAUCGACCAUGGCAUGGAACGCAGCUUCGUGUGCCAGCUGCGCACCGAGCGCGACUGUUUUACGAGCUCGCUUCCCAGGGUUGGGACAACGUUCUCUGUGGUGGAGGGAUGGUGUGGAGUCCCUACCUCACUCCGUACAAGAACGCGAUCACGAAUGAGCUGUUCAUCUCCGCCAGCAUCGGAAUGUACCUGUAUUUCCCUGGAGAUCCCAUCGAUUCCCCAUACCUUGCGCGAGGAAACUCGGGGGAGCGCAACGUCCACGAUCCUGAGUAUUUGGCUGCCGCCGUAAGGGGUUACCAAUGGUUGAAGGAUUCAAAUAUGACGGGCUUCGGGGGCCUCUAUGCAGAUGGCUUUCAUAUCCGAGGGUGGAAAAGCGCUCGGGACCCGGGAACACGCAAGUGCGACGUCUUGAACACGAUGGUUUAUACUUAUAACCAAGGGGUUAUUCUCAGCGGGCUGAGAGGUCUCUGGCUGGCCACGGCGGACCGGGACUACUUGCAAGAUGGUCAUGAGCUGAUUGAGAAGGUGAUCUGGGCCACAGGAUGGCCGGAUACCAGCAGCACCAGCUGGGCCGGCUUGGGCCGCGGAGGGGUGCUCGAGGAGAUCUGUGACUCCUCUGGAGACUGUUCUCAAAACAGCCAUACCUUCAAGGGCAUCUUCUUCCACCAUCUGGCCGAAUUCUGCCGCCCUCUGAGACCGGAGGAAGAACAACUCCUGGUCGAGUUUUCCGAUCCGGAGGAUCCCAAUGCCGAGCGCAGCCGGUCAGUCUUUGAAUGGCACCAGGCCAGAUGCCGGUCGUAUCGAGCGUGGAUCGAGCAUAAUGCCCAGGCGGCUCUCGUAACAAGAAAUGACCAAGGGAAAUUUGGCAUGUGGUGGGGCAGACCCUAUCCUGACAUCUAUCCCAACAUCACAGAGAUGGCUUCUCCUCUACCGGCGGGGGCCGUAGAUUACCGGAAUUACGGAGCAAUGGCGGAGGAGACGGAGCACCUCGCUGGGCUGAUGCGGGUGCAGUCCGAUAAGUCUCCCGUCAUGGAAAGUACCGAAAUUGACCAGCGCAAACUGGGCAUAUUUGCCACGGAAACCAAUUCACACCACCACGACAAGCAGCAUCCCGAGAGAGCCAGAAAUCCACCGGAAGUCAAUGACCGGGGGCGGGGCCGCACCGUUGAGACGCAGUCGGGAGGUCUGGCGGUAGUGAGGGCAUUAUAUCAAUGGAAAAUCUCGCCGUCGCUGCAUUGA